GUAAGGACGAGCCGGAGGAGUACACUUCCAAGGAGCUCACCAACAAGGUCACGGAGAUCACCCAACAGCGCGGCCGCAAGGCAUUUGAUCGCAAGGCGUACAUGGAGAAGCUGCAGAAGUUGCUGGUGCAUGCAGCCAAGCACGGCCCUCUGGAGCAGCUGUACAUCUACGCUUCCAUGGUCUCGGCGGACUUUGACAACACGGGCAGCGCCUUCGCUGCCAUGAAGAUCGAGAUGUGGAACGAGGCUUUGACAAAGGUGAACAAGAUGCUGCCUUUGCUCGUUGAGUCGCACAACCUCAUCAAGAGCGGUAGUACUGAUGAGAAGGCUGCUGCCGCCGAUACGGAUGUCGAGGAUCCGAAGUCGCACGCGAGACUGCAG